AUGGCUGUCGAUGACAAUGUCGAUGACAAGCAAAAUCAUCUGUCGCCGUCGAUCGGAAUUCAUGUCUCGUCGCAGGAAACGCACCAGAUUUCGACCCAACUCACCCAGCCUACCUCCAAGCAGAAUGCCACCUGCCAAGCACUUGACAUCAGUUUGCCUCCUAACGGCGGGUCUCUGGCGUGGCUCCACGUUCUUGGAGGAUUCAUGCUGUUUUUCAAUUCUUGGGGUAUUCUGAACACUUUUGGUGUAUUCCAGACGUACUACAAGUCAGACGAUCUCUUCGUGGCGUCGUCUUCCAACAUAUCGUAG